UCUCGAACUUCACCUCACAUUUUUUCUCUCUCUCGACUCUCUCGACCAAAAGUCGGCCACAAACCCUCUCGUCCUCUUCUUCUUCUUCGUUCUUUUCAUACUCAUACUCCUAACCACAAUACCCAGAACUCCAAAUACGGAGGUGGGAAAAUCUCAGAACCAAUAAGGGAAGGAGAGCAGAGACGUUUUGGGGGAACAAGUAGGUGGAAAAGUUAAAAAUGGAUUCAGAUCAAGGGAAGCUAUUCAUUGGUGGGAUUUCAUGGGAAACCACGGAGGAGAAGCUCAAGGAGUAUUUCGAGAACUAUGGUGAAGUGUUGCAGACAGUGGUCAUGAGGGAAAAGUUUACUGGGAAGCCCAGAGGUUUUGCGUUUGUCGUUUUUUCAGAUCCCUCUGUCCUCGAUAGGGUCCUUCAGGAAACUCACACCAUUGAUGGCAGAACGGUUGACGCUAAGAAGGCCUUGUCAAGAGAGGAGCAACAAACGUCUGCACGAUCUGGAAAUCCUAAUCCUGGUAGAAAUGCUGGUGGCGGUGGUGGAAAUAUGAGGACCAAGAAGAUAUUUGUUGGAGGGUUGCCUCCUACUUUAUCUGAAGAAGGAUUUCGUGAAUAUUUUGAGUCCUUUGGACAUGUAACUGAUGUAGUAGUUAUGUAUGAUCAAAAUACAGGACGGCCACGAGGGUUUGGAUUUAUUUCCUUUGAUUCUGAAGAUGCAGUUGAUAGGGUUUUGCACAAGACAUUUCAUGAUUUAAAUGGUAAGCAAGUGGAAGUGAAGCGAGCUCUUCCUAAGGAUGCCAAUCCUAGUGGAGGUAGCCGCACCAUGGGUGGUGGUGGCUAUCAAGGAUAUGGAGCAUCUGGUGGAAAUCAAAAUACGUAUGAUGGUCGUAUGGAUUCCAGCAGGUUUAUUCAACCUCAGAAUACUGGGGGUGCUUUUCCUCCUUAUGGCUCUUCAGGGUAUGGUGCACCUGGCUAUGGUUAUGGUCCUUCAAAUAAUGGAAUUGGCUAUGGGGGUUAUGGCAAUUAUGCUAGUGCAAAUACUGGCUAUAGUAGCCCAGCUAGUGCUGCCUAUGGGAAUCCUAAUGCUGCGAGUGCUGCUUAUGGAAGUGGUCCACCAGGUGGCCGGAGUUCAUGGAGUGGACAGACUCCUGCUGGAUAUGGUGCUAUGGGCUAUGGGAAUACUGCUCCUUGGGGUGUUACAGGCAGUGGAACUGGUGCAGGAAAUGGUUCUGCUCCUGCAGGUCAAUCUCCAAGUGCUGCUGGAUAUGGGACUCAAGGUUAUGGGUAUGGCGGGUAUGGUGGUAGUGAUGGGUCAUAUGGGAAUUCUGCUGGGUAUGGUGCUGUUGGAGGGCGUUCUGGGAGUGCUCCAACCAGUAUUAGUGGUGAUCUCCAAGGAAGUGGUGGUGGCUACUUAGGAGGUGGCUAUGGCGAUGCAAAUGGAAAUGCGGCAUGGAGGACUGAUCCAUCGCAAACGUCUGGAAAUUAUGGAGCUCCACAGACAAAUGGUGCCCAUGGGGGUCAAUCUGGUUAUGCUGGUGCUGGGUAUGGCAGCGGUCAGCCCCGACAAGCUCAACAACAGUAAUGUUAAUGGUUGGAAGUUUGAUUGAAUCUUCAUUAAUGGAUCCGCGGUGGGAGGUCGUGGUUUCUCAUGGCCAGCUGCAGCAGCCUCAAUUUGGAUAUCAAUACUCUUUGGGACUGGUUGGAUUGCUUGAAUCCUAGUAGAUUGCAGUAUCUAUUUUACUAGUCUAUAAUAAAUUAUAGUUUUAGAGCAUCGUAGAUGCUCCUCUUAUUUAGUAUUUGCUGCUGAGUGUAGUUUUGAUUUGGCGUGCUUACAAUUGUCUACUAGUAUUUCUUUCUUGCUCUUAGUGUUUAAGCUAAAGUAGCUUAUAUAACGUUAUUUAUGUUUGCUUAAUUACAUAUGAGUAUUUUGUUGUUGA